AUGGCUGUAUGUAGAUGCAAUUACGAGGCCCGCCGCCGGGGCUUGCAUAAGCUGCAACUCGUCAAAGAAGCAAAACGCCUCUGUCCGGACCUGGUCAUCGUGCUUGGAGAGGAUCUGACCCGUUUCCGCAACGCCUCCAAGCUCCUCCAUCGCUUCCUGCGCCAGUUCUCGUGGAACGGCCGGGUCGAGCGACUUGGUUUCGACGAGGUAUGGCUUGACGUGACGGAUCAAGUCGAAUAUAACGUCAAUCUCCUAAACCCAAACGACCUCACCAACGCCUACUUUUGCUUGUCCAAGGACGAUCCGACCCACGGGUUCGCCUUCGACGCUACCCGCUUUGCCGGCAACACAUAUCCCGCCUCGGGCGAGCUGAGUAAUGCCACCAACCACGACUCGCUGCGCCUGCGCCUUCUGCUUGGCUCCCACCUGGCCCGCCAUCUCCGAGCCGAACUGGAAAACCAAAAAGGCUAUACCGCCACCGCCGGCAUCUCUACCAACAAGAUCCUGUCCAAGCUCGUCGGCAAUGUGAAGAAGCCCAACGGCCAGACAACCUUGCUGCCGCCCUACGACACUAAUGCCACUAACUUCAUAGAUGACCACGACAUCGGCAAGCUUCCCGGCAUUGGCUUCAAGCUCGCCCAGAGGCUGCGCGGGUUCGUGCUCCAGCGUGCCGCCGCCGUCUCCGACGGGCUCGUCUUCGGCGGCACGCAGGAACGAGUGACUGCGGUUGACGUAAGGAAGCACGUGGGUGUAAGCGCCGAUAGUCUCGAAAGAAUUUUGGCAGGCCCCGGAUCGCCUCAUGGGAUCGGCGCCAAAGUUUGGGGGCUGCUUCAUGGCGUUGACGACUCGGAAGUUGGCCAGGUACGCGACGUGCCGAGGCAAAUCAGUAUUGAGGACAGCUACAUGCGGCUAGACACGCUGGACGAGGUGGUCAAAGAGCUGCGGAUGCUGGCUGUCAGCCUCUUGAAGAGGAUGCACCUCGACUUGCUGGAGGAUGAGGAAGGUGACGACAAAGCUGAGCAAAUGCCCAACGCCGUGGGCGCAGAGAUGCGCAGUCCUAGUCUUCUUCCAUCGGGCGCAGAGGCACUUGCAGGCACAUCAGCUUCGGUCAGAUCUCGUGCACCUCAGCCAGCCAAGCAACGCUGGAUCGCACACCCCCGCACCAUACGCCUGUCUACGCGUCCGCGUCCACCCGUCGACCCCGCCACAAACACCCGGCCGCGCGCCUUUGGGCGCAUUUCGAGGUCGGCUCUGCUUCCCAGUUUUGUUUUCAGUCUCACCGCGCCCGUUGACUCACUCGGCGAGCGUCUCGUCCAAGAGGCACUGCUCCCGCUUUUUCGCAGGCUGCACCCGGAGAAGAGCGGGUGGAAUCUAAGUCUGGUGAACGUCGCAGUGACCAACCUGGCAGACUCUGCAGGCGACGCAAGGACCAGCAGCGGGCGAGACAUCGGCGCAAUGUUCAAGACGCAAAACAGGGUGCUUAGCCAGUGGAGGGUGACGGAGGGCGCAGUUGCACCAGACCCCAGCGGCGAUCAUGUCACCAUCGGAGAGGCCGAAGGCGGUGGACACGGCUUUGUCCCCGAGGCUGCUGCGUCUUGCCAUGAGGCUGAUGUAUCUCGCAACCCUGGCACAAAAUGUGUUGCACCGCGAUCCCCAUUGCCCUCACACGAGCGGAGCGUUAUAGAUAGAUCCGGCGCCGCCGUAGACGCCCGGCGCGUCGGCUCGGAAGACCUUCUCAUGGCCGGGGUGUCGUCUCAAGACAGCCGCGAAGGCGAAGAAAGCUGGGCAGACCAGGCCGAGAGGAGUGCUUGCUGGGACGAGGACGAGGACGAGGGUGGCAUGCACUCAAGCUGCGACUUUUGCGGGGCGCUCAUGCCGGCAUUUGCUAUGGCGGCUCAUGCGAGGUUCCAUGCAUUGGAAGAUUAA